CAAUUUUUGAAAGAUCUCUCGGAAACCACUGGUAGCACCAUAACACUAGACAACUUGUGGUAUGUUCGUGAUGCGAUUUUCAUUGAGAAACUGCAUAAUAAGACGGAUAGACUCAUCAAUGAUACCACAUAUAAAAGAAUCGAUGAAAUAGUGGAUUUGAUGGAAAACUAUGAGGAUGGUCUUGAUCUCACGCCAGUGGACAACAUCAACUUCACAGUGGAGAUUGCAAAGGUUCGAGGUGGAGGCGCUCUGUGGGCAUUCAUGAAUCACUUCGAACAGAAGUUGUUCUGCAACGACCCAAACAAUCAGGAUAAACCGCAAUGUAACUGGAUGAAACACUUGCGAUACUAUGCGUUUUCUGCGGUAAGUUUGAUCGGUAUGACUUAG